AUUCUAGUGCCUUCGCCUGGGGUUGGCGAGAGGCGCACAGCGUGGGCGGAGCCUGCAAAAGUUGGAGAACUUGUAGCAGACCUCAUCCUGUGGAAUCUGAAGAGGCCCACGCAGAUUUUAAUUCCCACUCUAGAUCUUGUGUCUAGAUCACCAUGGCGACCAGACAGAAGUUGAUGAGAGCUGUUAGAGUUUUUGAAUUUGGUGGACCAGAAGUCCUGAAAUUGCAGUCAGAUAUUGCAGUACCAAUUCCAAAAGACCAUCAGGUUCUAAUCAAGGUCUAUGCAUGUGGUGUCAACCCUGUGGAGACAUACAUUCGCUCUGGUACUCACAGUAUAAAACCACUCUUACCCUAUACUCCUGGCUCAGAUGUGGCUGGGGUGAUAGAAGCUGUUGGAGAUAAUGCAUCUGCUUUCAAGAAAGGUGACAGAGUUUUCACUAGCAGCACGAUCUCUGGGGGCUAUGCAGAGUAUGCUCUUGCAGCAGACCACACUGUUUACAAACUACCUGAAAAACUGGACUUUAAACAAGGAGCUGCUAUCGGUAUCCCAUAUUUUACAGCCUAUCGAGCUCUGAUCCACAGUGCCCGUGUGAAAGCUGGAGAAAGUGUUCUGGUUCAUGGGGCGAGUGGAGGAGUUGGAUUAGCAGCAUGCCAGAUUGCUAGAGCUUAUGGCUUAAAGGUUUUGGGCACUGCUGGUACUGAGGAAGGACAAAAGAUUGUUUUGCAAAAUGGAGCCCAUGAAGUGUUCAAUCACAGAGAAGUGAAUUAUAUUGAUAAAAUUAAGAAAUAUGCUGGUGAGAAAGGAAUUGAUGUAAUUACUGAAAUGUUAGCUAAUGUAAAUCUUAGUAAAGACUUGAGUCUUCUGUCACAUGGAGGACGAGUGAUAGUUGUUGGCAACAGAGGUACUAUUGAAAUAAACCCACGGGACACCAUGGCAAAGGAGUCGAGUAUAAUUGGAGUUACUCUCUUUUCCUCAACCAAGGAGGAAUUUCAGCAAUAUGCAGCAGCCCUUCAAGCUGGAAUGGAAAUUGGCUGGUUGAAACCUGUAAUAGGUUCUCAAUAUCCGUUGGAGAAGGUGGCCGAGGCUCAUAAAGAUAUCAUUCAUGGCAGUGGGGCUACUGGAAAAAUGAUUCUUCUCUUAUGAUUAAUUCUUUCAUGGAUUUCCUGUGUAAUCAGAGGUACUGUCUUUCCCCCAGUUAUACUUACCCUAUCUUUUCUUUAAUUAAUACUCAAUUUCAUGAGUUUCUUACAUGAAAAAAUAGGAUUUUUCUUUAGAGAGCAGAGGCAGAAGAGUAAAAUUCAUCGUAUAGCUAGCAAUAUUUUUUUUAUGCCAUCUGUCUCAAAUCAAGGAGUCAUCAUAGUAGGAAAUAGCAUGUUAGUCAUCGUUUGGCAUGAGGGUGCAUUCCAGUAAUUCUUAAUUGAUACUUGAUUAGUUCCAUACCUUUGAUUAAAACAUACUAGUUCAAAAUAAGACUGCUCAGUUUCCAAGGGUUUUCAAGCCUACUUACCUUUGUAAAGGUUCUCUAGUCUCUGAUUAGCCAUGGCUAUAUUGGACUUUGAACAUUUUCUGGACUCAACACCUCUACUCUAAACUAACCUCAUUUGGAUGUGUAAGUCUUUUGUAAAGGCAAGAAUAAAUAAUGUCCAGGACAAUUUAUUAGUUUUCUCAGUAUUUUCCCAAAUAUUAGAAUAUUUACUUCAUUAUUGGUUGGCUGCCAAUGACCCCGUAUGUUCUGUGAGAAUACGAGCUUUAUCUUUGAUAUACUACAUAGUCUCCAAAUAGGUAAUACUUCUCAAUUGAUUAGAUUUUCAGAGUAGAUUUAGAGUUAUCUGUUUGUCUGGUGAGGGUCAUAUAUUUUGUUGAAAUAAUUAAACUCACAAAUUUGAUAAAUUAAGAAUUAUCUGCAUUUGUCUCAAUAAUGUGUAAUAAAGUCUAUAGAAAAU